GGCCAGCAGAGCACUGGUGUGUCACAUCAGAGACAGCAGAGCAAACGAGACACCGCUAUCGUACGAACAUUUUACACACACACACAGAGACACACACUCACCCCACGUCCACCCCCAUCCCACCAACCCGAAAUCUCGCGUGUGGGUCCUCCUCAGAGUAGAGAAUGUCGGAUGCUUCGCUCGUGCCGAGCAGCACCUCACACGACUUCUUGAGCUCGUCGGCAAUCUCCAUUCGCUCCGGUUCACCGCUGGGGAUUGACGACAUGUGGAGGGCCAUGAGUCCAAGGUCGUCCACGUCGAACGACCGCCGUUGCCGCGAAUACUCAAGAACCUCACGCAUGGCCGUAUGGCCCUCCUCGUCCCGCCAAUUGGCGUACAGCAUGGACACACGCAUGUGCAGCAUCCUCGUUAUUAGGGGGGUAUCGACAUUCAGUUCGCGGACUCUCCGGAGCAUCUGCUCCAGCUCACGUAGCGCACUCUCCGCGUGCGUGAGGGACAGCCGCCGCAGCUGCUGCUCCACUUCUUCCAUGACUGACGUCGCCCGCGAGCUGUACUGGGGCCCAGGGACCUGGUGGCGACUUGCCAUGUCCCUCCAGCUGGCGAGAGAGAUAAAGGUAUCGCUCAAAUAGGACACCGUGACCUCGCUGCCCGUGGGAAUGGGGCGCACUGCACGCACGAUCAUGACCCCAUCGACCACAUACCUGUGUGAACCGGACAAGACAUACAUGUGUGAAAGAAGCAAGAAGAUUCCCUGUCAUUGCCACGUUAGUCGCCUACCAGAUCGCGUUGCGCUCCGCGCCGGCAUGACUGGAUUGCGAGGGCAACGGCCACAGGCCCACUGCAGGCCAAGACCACACACAGUGUGAAGCCGUGCAUUGCAUCUUCCCGUGCCUUGUUUUCUCACCCGUCACAGACGGGACGAGGGAGGUGUCAAUGACAUCAUCAACCACGCGAGUGUUAAAGUCGAGCAGCUGGCGGAGGCGAUCGGUGGUCCAGUAGCCCCGCUGCACGACAGGCUGACCGAACUCUUCUCCUGCCGGCGAAUCCAUGAACCUCGGCAGAAGGGGAAACUCCACAGUCAGCCCAAGACACGUAUCCAGCGUCAACGCCAUGGCCGAGGGCUGUCCCUUGCUAAGCGGCAAGCAGCACAGCUGAGAGAGCAGCCGAGGGUGCCAACCAUCACACGCGGCCACUAACUGGGGCAGCAUCCGCUGAGAUACCAGCCGCUCCAACAGCCGCCCUUGGAUGCCUUCUGUGGGCGCUUGCACUGCGAUGACGGCCUUCUGGACGAUCAAAAGCUGCCCGGGCUGGAUGUUCUCUGUGGCGAUGAGGCAGGGCUGUCUGUUGGGUGCGUGUUGGAUGGCGACCGGGCCGACGUACUCGCCCACGUCGAUUGGCGUCGUCGACUUGCCGGGCGGCGUGUUUCGCGCGUUGCCCUUUGCAUGUCGAUAAAUCGCCGCCCAGUCGUACACGCCGCUGGCAUUGGCCAUGUGAGUGUGGAUGCGCUGCUGCAGCGCGUUGGCCUCUGUCGUCAUCUGACCCUCCAAACCCUGGUAAGAAAAACACGAAAAGCGUCAAUCGUCAUCAAUGUCCCCUUUUGAUUCAUUUGCGUCGUAUCAUAUCGUCUUACAUUGUCGCCGAGUGCCUUGGUGACUGCGUCGGCAGCAUCGAACAGCCGCUCCGACAGCAGCCCGUGGCCCAGCAGAAUGAGCGUCUUCUGCUGGAUAUCACUCAGCUGCUCGCAGGGCGCCUGCAGGGAGCUCAGAUGAAAGGCGGCGGCAGCACAGCCAACAGCGUCCGGCCCUCCCUCCUUGAUGAGCUCCGGCUUGAGCAGACAUGCAGCCGCGUUGCUGAGCAGCGCCACAAGGGUCUCCACAUCAGCAGUAGCCAGACCAGCCGUAAGGACGUCGCGCGCCUCGGCGUACCUCUCAACCCCCUGCAGCAUCUCGCCCUCCGCCAGCGCGUCCGCUACUUGCCGCGGGCUGCCUGGCAUCUGCCGCUCUGUCGAGCAGAGUUUCGCCAUAGCGUUCUUCAUCAGUGCCGCGAUCGCUUCCUUCGAUGGCAAGACGACGUCAGCCGCACGGCGUCGACCCUGUCGACGCCUCCCUGGGCCGGCGCAAAGCUGCUCGAUCAGGCCCUUGUACAGUCCCACAGCCGUGCACUGAAUGGUGGCGCAUUUGCUGCCAGGGUCGACGGAUGGGAGAGGCGGAAGGAUGCGGAGGACGGUCGUCACGUCGAGGAAGGCGUCAAGGUAGCCCUCGACACCGAUAAGGCACUGGGCGCGGCGCACGAGCAGCUCGCCGAGAGUCUCCCGCUCCAUUCGGAUACCCUGCAGCCCACAGUCAGAGAUCACAGCAGCAUCGUGGGUUGAAGACGCUCUUCGCGUGCACGUGUUCAGCCCCCCACCUGCAGAUAUGCCCGAUAGGCGUCGAGAUGUUUGUCACGCUUAAAAAGGUCGUUUCCUGUGGCUCUCCACUUGUCGGCAGGGGAGUGGACAACGGCAGCUGCACUCGGAGCGGAGGUCGCAGCACCCCUGCCAAGAGCAGACAAGCCACAGACGAUGCGCACAAAGAAGAGGCGGUCAUAGCGUGUAUCGAUUGAGUGUUUCGUUUACGUGCUGGCAGUGGACGAAGAAGAUGGACGUGCGCCCUCAUUGAGCGCUGCAGACGACCGGCUGCGCGCACCACAGCCACGAAGAGGCAGGACGGCAUUCUUCUGCAUCCACAGUGAAGGCGCUUCUGGUCUUCCCUACCUUGUGGAUGCAGCAGUAGUGGGCAGGGACGCUUCACUCGGCUCAGAAUGACCCGCAUUUCUGGAUGCAGGCCGCUGUGCCCGGCCGGUGCCGCCCUCGUCCUUGGCCCCUUCACCCGGGUUGCCUUCCCUCUCACUGUUGCGCUGCUGCAUUUCUUCCUGGAUCUCGUGCACGAAACUGCGCGCCCGUUGCCGAAAGGGAGUGUCUGCCGCCAGUCUGUCGACGGAUGCACCGUGUCGCAGCAGCGCGCGAAUGAUCUCCUUCUGUCGCUCGAUCUUCGUUGGUGGGGCCCUCUGCUCGCAGAGCUGGUCCGUGAGACGGUACGCGGCCUGGCCCAAUGCUGUGGCUCCCUGCCCCGGUCCACUCCGAAAGUUGAGGUUGAUCUCACCAGGUCGGAGCCGCUCACACAGCCACUUCACCACCGGGAGGCCGGCAUCACCACAGGAGACGGCCAUGACGAGUGGCGUCGUCCCAUCAUCGGCUGUGGCAUCAGAGGAGGCACCAUAGGCCGUCAGCAGGUCCAGGUACGAACGAAUGAAUGCUGAUGACAACGUGGGUGAGGCUUGAGAGGCCAUGUGCAUGGCCGUCGUUCCAGAGAGGCGUCCGCUGGCGAGUGCACGGUCAUGCUCAAACAGUAGGCGAUAGACCUCGAGGAGUGCCGCCUCAUAGGGAGGGCUGGGCUGCGAUGGGGCUGCCGCCUUCGGGCUGAAGUUAGCAAGGGCCAGGCCCAUGGAUAGCAUGAUUCCCUGAUCCUGUGAUGAGAUCAGCGGUGCAUCGUCAUACUCAUUGCGGACCGCCGCCCCGUUCUCGAGCAGCACCUCAGUCGCGGUGACGUUGGCGCACUGAUGGGCCACGCUAAGAGGACAUACGCCUUCUUCGAUGCCGGCGUUGACUUUUGCACCAUUAGCGAUGAGUGCCCGCAGGACCUCACGCUGCACUUGACAAGUGGGCCAGGGAGGAAGGCGCAGCUGCUGCGUCACAGCGGACCAAGUGGCCGGGCAGCUGUUGAACGGGUCAUCAACAGCGAGGCAGAGGACACUCACACGCACUGGCCCGGAACCGCCCAGCACGAGCCAGUAUGGCAGCGCCACUGGCUCCCGAGCUGGCUCCCUGCCCAUGCCGACAGCGGUCUCUGGGUCAGCGCCGUCCCCGCACAGCCGCCACACGUCGGGGCCAGCCAGUGUACGGCACACGGUCCGACAUAGUAGCUCUUGAGACGCAGAGGCACUUGUGGCCGUGGAUGCGCGGCAAGCGACCUCGAAGCUCGCCACUGAUAGGCCCUGGGAUCGAAGCAGGCUCUCCACCUGCUCCAAAUGCGGAGCAUCGACACCUCUCGCGGAAGCCUGGAAACCAGCACGCAACCGGUACAGAGCACAUCCAUUUAUUCCCAGCAAUAUGCGGCAACCCGCACCUUGAUGCCUUCUGGCGGUACUGAGAGUUCGGACAAAGGCAAAGACUUGUCACACGGAGAUGCAUCCGCGAAUCGAGUACCCAAAGGCAUACUGACACACAUGGAAGCGAGAACGAGUUCUCUCGGCUGGCCACAUUGUGCGACGGUGGUGCACGGCACGGCUUACCAGAAGAGCCCCGCAGAUGGAGAAGAAGACGGAUUAGUGUCAUCCAACGGACUGAGGAACCGAAGGAGUGAGGGUUGUUUGGCAUCGACAUAGAGUACUCCCUUCGCGAGUGCCUGCUGACCUGGGUGCAGACCGCGGCUGCCGUCCACUGCCCCGCCGGCCCCCUGCGCUGCUGCUCAUCGCUUUGCUCGCCUUUCGCUGCCCGGCGCCCUCCGCUGCUCGUGCCUCUCGUGGCUGCUUGGUGCUGGUGCUGCUUGUGGCCUCGAUGCCCUCUGUAUGUAGGGGCGCGGGCGGGGCGGCAGAUGACGACGAUGAUGAUGAGGGGGUCUCACUCUCAGGAGCUGCGG